AUGACUUCAAGCACUGGUGCUGGAGCAAAGUCUAAGGCAGAAAUGGCGUCUAAAAUGGCUAUGUCUAAAAUAGCUUAUUCGAAGGCUAAUAUGCACAAAGUGACCAAGACCAUUGUAUCGUCCCCGCAUAUUUAUAAACCAGUUGGGCCGUACAGUCAAGCAAUUUUGGCAGACAAAACCCUGUAUAUAUCUGGAGUACUGGGCAUGAAUCCUGAAGGGCAGUUGGUAUGCGGCGGGGCAGAGGCGCAGGCGCGGCAGGUACUUAGUAACUUGAAGCACGUGCUGGAGGCGGGCGGCGCCACGCUCGAGUCAGUCAUCAAGACCACCAUCCUCUUAGCUGACAUACAGGACUUCCAAGCUGUAAACCAAGUUUACGCAGAAUACUUCCCUAAGGACUGUCCAGCGCGGGCGACGUUCCAAGUUGGCAAGUUGCCGCUGGGAGCUGCAGUGGAAAUUGAGGCUAUUGCGCUCAGUGGUGAUCUUGUGGUGGCUGAAGCAGGACCCUGUCCUUGCGCACGCACCUAA